UGUAAAUUUGAUUUCUCUUAACUGUCGACAAUGAUUUUUUUGCGUUUAAUUCUCUUCUGUUCAGCUUAUAGCGCUGUUUGUUGUACAAAGAAAUCUGUAAAGAUUGUUGAAGAACCAGCAAAUAUGGGAGGAUUGUGAGUAUCAUAUACAAAAUUCGUGAAAAAUAAAGAUAUGUGUUUGUGCCUUAGCUACAUGCAAUCACUGCAAUUAACCUCAAGACCGAACACAAUAUCAGCUCUAGUUCCCUUCAGAGAACCAACAAAUAUUACAGGACCAAGCCAUUUUCUUACAUUACUUGGAAAAUGUUUUAAUCUUAUUGAAAAUGCAUAUUUGUAUCAAUUGUGUCCAUUUUUUAACAUCACUCAACAUGAGCAGACAUGGAGAUGGAAUGCCUUUGAAGGGAUAUUGGGUGUUUGGAAACAUUGGUCUAUAGUUAACAAUACAUACAUUGCCAUGAUUAUGAAUGAUGGUGAUCUGUGUCCUGGUGGUGUUCGUAGACAAACUAAGGUGUAUUUUUCAUGUGCCUUUGAGGAGAAGUUAGUGAGUGUGAGAGAACCAAGUACUUGUCAAUAUGAAGCUGAAUUAAAGACUCCUCUUGCUUGUCCAGUUGAUUCAUUCCUUGUGUAUCCUUCGUUGUCUGUUGAACAUCAAGCAAGUUGGCAGGAAAUAGAGAGAAGUCUUUAUUAUGAAGAGAUUACUGAACAAGGAUAUUAUAAACUUCGUCAUAAGUUAUUUGUUCGUGCUGGUUUGAUGGUGAAUGAUGUAGAAAACAGCCAUCACGUGAAUGUCAAAACAAAAAUUUCUGUAAAUGAAUCUAUUUUCAUAUCAUUACUAGAAUGUUCAAAGGCCUUCAAUGAUCUCUAUAAAAAAUGCCAGCACAAAGACCAGCCGGUUGAAAGAUCAGAAACAAUGUCAAUGGCUACAUCCCCAUAUUUAGAGAUCAGCACCAAGCCUUCUCAUAAUUCAAAUAGUCCACGUAGUGAUCAUUCUACAAUCACGUGAUUGUAUUUCCAUGGUAACUUGCGGAAGAUUACCGCUUCCCGGAGAUCUCGAGGGCUAUUCUAAUGGCUGUAAUUGGUGGUUGGAAAACCAUGGUAAUAACUACCAAAAGAUUGGGAACAUUGGAAGUGAGGAAAAACCUGGGAACUAGUUUCCAUGCUUUGCCAUUGUCACCGACGGCGAUGGUCUUAACUAGGGACGGGUUGGGCGAGGCUUAUCCAGUGCGCUUUAACUUUUUGUUUAUUUUAGUUUGGCAAAAGGUACAAGUGGACUUUAUGAUUCUAAUAUCUUCAAUUUUUGCCACGCUGAAAGUUUACAAUGACAUUAGUAAGUGUUCGUGUCACUUUUGAUUCAAGAUCAAACGUUUUUUGUCAAAUUAAACAUAAAGAUUUUUUUGUAAAUCAUCAUCGCUUUCAUUGUUUUGGGCUCGAAAUAAAUGAGGCAUAUUA